AUGGCGCAAUACUUUUUCGACCUCCUUUACAACUUUACCGAUUGCAUGUGCUGCUUUCCAAGUACACCGCAGCUGAAGAUCAAUAACCGCAGCUUCAAGCUUUUGCGACUGCUAGGCGAGGGCGGCUUCUCCUAUGUUUACCUCGUUCAAGACAAGACAAGCUCGGAACUGUUCGCGCUCAAAAAAAUCCGCUGCCCAUUCGGCCAAGAAUCCGUCUCGCAAGCCUUGAAGGAAGUCGAAGCGUACAACCUCUUCACAUCGCAAGAUAACAUCAUCCACGCAAUCGAUCACUGCGUCUCGUCAGAAUCAGGAUCCAAAUUUCGGUCUGAUGGCGGUGAACCCGGUACCAAAACGGUCUACAUUCUGCUACCGUACUACCAACGCGGCAACCUCCAAGAUGCCAUCAACGCCAACUUGGUCAAUCACACUCGGUUCCCGGAGAAGCGAUUGAUGAUGUUGAUGCUGGGCGUGGCUAAUGCGCUGAAAGCUAUGCAUCACUAUCGGGUCCAGAGUGGCUCGACAUCGACUCGAAAGGCGAAGGGUGUGCGGAGAGAGGGUGAGGAGGCGGAUGAAGAGCGGACAAUGCAGAUGAAGCCGAAGCGACGCGCCAGCCAUCGCCCAGAUGAUGAGGAUGAGGAGAAUGAGCCAUUAAUGGAUGACGAGGUGACGCGCAGUCAGGAGGGUGUACAGGAGGGUGGCCUGCGCCCCUAUGCGCAUCGUGAUAUCAAGCCUGGUAAUAUCAUGAUCGAUGAUGAUGGUCAGACUCCUAUCCUGAUGGACCUCGGUUCCCUCGCCCCGAGUCCGAUUGCCAUUACAUCCCGCUCCUUGGCGUUGGCAGUGCAGGAUACCGCUGCUGAGCAUAGCACGAUGCCAUACCGUGCGCCAGAACUAUUCGACGUCAAGACCGGAUCAAUCAUCGAUACCAAAGUAGAUAUCUGGUCGCUGGGUUGCACAUUGUACGCCUGUUUGGUGGGCAAGAGCCCCUUCGAGGCCCGCAGCGACGAGACUGGUGGUAGCUUGAGCAUGUGUGUUCUCGGCGGCGACUGGCGAUUCCCCGACGAAAAGACCGGCGCCACCAAGGGCAAGGGCAAGGUCGGUGCUGAUGCCGACGCCUCGUCCAGCAGCAGUGAGCAAGUGAUCAGUGCCCCCGUCAAGGAGGUUGUUCGCAAAUGUCUGCAAGUCGAACCGGCGGAGCGGCCGGAUAUCGACGAGCUGAUCCAAAUCAUGAAGGAUGUCAUCAGCGAGUUGCCGGACGAUGAUGGCAUCGCCUAG